UGAAAAGCAAACUUCAUUGUUAAUAAACAACAAAGACCGGUCGCCACAAAAUAAAUAUAUCAAUUUACUUUGCCCAAUUUAAUUAUUUUGGAUCUCACAUAACAUUUAGGGAUUAUGUAAAUUAUUAACGGAUUGGACUUAUUAAUCUUAUCCAUAAGAUUUCGUUAUAAAAAGUAAAUUUUGCAACUCAACAUAAACUUGUAGAAAUGGGAGAUGGUGACGCAAACGAUACAAUCAAUGUAGCCGCGGAUCCACAAGCACCUGUUACUCGCGACCUAAAGGUUUCUAAUCUGCUUUUGACUGAUAAAGGUUGCCCUUAUUGCCCGGCAAAAUAGAAAUAGCUCAGCUUGAACUGAUUAUUGGCCUAUUAGGGACUCACACAAAUUUGGCCAUCUGGCCAAAUUUUCCAAAAACGCCAUCCAUACAAAAUAUCACUCUUAAACAACAGCCCUAUAACAAUCUCAAACCAAAGUUUCAAUAUCUGUCAGUAGCAGAUUUAAGACUUUUAAAUUUUCUUUUUAUGCUACAGAAGGCAUGGCCACCUUGGAAAUGCUAUUAACCAAAAUACCCAUUAAAACGGAAAAGCAGGCAUUGAAAAUUCUCGAUAUAUGUUCUAAAAAGCAAUUUAUUAAUGCUGAAGAGGAAAUCUGCAAGGUACAAGCAAAAAAAUCUUUCACCGAAGAACGUUAUGGUAAUGCUUUGGAAUGGGCGAUAAGAUCUAGGGAUACUUUGUAUGUUACGUCUAUCGCCGACUACCUACUAAAGCACUACGUUCAGACGGGGGAUAUAUUAUGUCCUGACGUUAUAGCUAACAUAGGAGCAAAAAUGUUCAUUUCACCGCGAUUAGUGUUUUUGGCGAAAUACUUUGAUUUCUAUCAAUUUUACAGAAAGAAAGAUUUACUUCCUGCCGCUGAGCUGCUGCUAAACUUAUUAGAAUCUGAAAUUAUUCCAGAAUAUUUUUGGCCUUCUUUAUUGGUUGAUACCAUACCUUUACUGGAAUCGAAGGAUCCGAAAAUUUUCUUCAAAGAGACUUGCUGUAUAUUACAGCACUUAGAGAGCAACUUAAUGCCGCUGAUUGAAAAGAAGAAAAAACAUAUGGAAAAACAUCCGAAUGAGCCAAUCAAUAUCCUUAAACACUAUCGCCUUGAUAAUGUCGAACAAAUUGUUAACCUGCUGCGUUUAGCCUGCGCCCGAAACCUGUCCCGUGCUAUUAUUAUAGAAAACACACUAAUAAAUUGA